AUGCUAGGAGCUCUGGUCCGCUGCAGACCAAAGCAAGACGAGAUCAUCAGGAAGAUCCCACAAGUCCUCCGAGACAGCAAGAUUUUGGAUUCUUUCCUCAUUGCCAAAGACUCCAAUCUCAAGCUGGCCUUUGUUGAGAGCGCAAAAGAUAUCUGCCAGGCUAUCUGCGAGACCCAGGACUUCCAGAACUUCACCUUAACUUGCAAAAAGGAGCUCCUGGACAUCUUGUUGGAUUUCAUCAAGGAGGAACCACUGGAUGCUCUGAAUACUGCACUUCGUCCCCAAGCCAUCACUGCCCUGGCAUUCCUGAGCAAACUGAAGCCAUGUUUGGCCAUGGAGGACAUUCGCAAUCUCCUCGAUCAGAGCAUCAAAAGUUUGUUUCCUCUUCCUUCCCUGGAGCAGCUGGAAGAGACGGCGGGGGAUGCUCUAAAGACCGAGUCCCUGUACUCUUGCUCCAUGGACGCCCUCAGGAAACUCGUGACGAGCAUCGUAGAGGACUGCCCAACACCUGAGCUGAUGGUCGAGAUGUUCCAGCUCAUAGACCCCUGGUUCACCGUAUCGGACUGUAGCAGGGAGAGAGCGCUGCAGGCAAGCUCCCAGACCCUCGCUGCCUUCCAGGAGAACUUUCAGCUCCCCGAUGGAGAAAAUUUUCAGCAAUUUGGGUCGCUGGUUGCGUUCCUUGCCCCCUACACCUGUGAUGGCUCCUUCAGAUGCCGGCAGUGGGCUGCCCAGUGCAUUAGUUGCCUUUUGCACAUACAAGCUCAGACAAAAGUCACAGCAGAGGAGGAGGAGGAAAUGCUGUCUGCCUGUUGUGACCUGAAAGCUGAGGUCCCCAGCGCUCUAUUCGAAGCUUCGUGCAGAAUGGCCAAGGUGGUCAGCGUGCAUUUCCCACCAGAUCAAGCCCUGGAUUUCAUCGAGGUUAUCCUGGAAGACCUGGUGUCCGGAAAUGAAAUGUGUGCCAUUUCUGCUGGCCGCUGGCUGCUAACCAUCCUUUGGGACUCUGGAAGUGCUAUGGGAGCCCAGGUUUCAGAGAUCCUGGACAUUUUCUACAGCCGCUUGCCCACCAUCAAACAGGAAGAUCUGCGGCAGGUCCUUGUGGAAGCUGUGGCUGCUGUCUCCCAUUUUCACCUGGACACCGUGAUCGAGAGCCUAUUCUGCCGCCGCCUCCCGAUGGACAGUGAAACGGGUGAACUCUGGAGGUCCCUAGGCAAAGACCCUUCGCAGGCCUUACUGAUUUUAUGCAAGUUAGCGGCCAGGGUGGCAGAGCCUUCAAGUCUGGAAGCCCCUUUCUCCUCAGGCAGCAAUGACAGCGUGGAAUUUGCAGAUGAAGGACCUCUCAAGGCCACUUGCGCCAUCUACGAGGUCCUGUCUGUGCUACACACCGAAGAGGGCAUCCAGGAGCUGUUCCCAGAGCUGUUCUGCACUCUCCUAAAGCAGGUCAGCAAAACCCUGGAGAAGAGGAUGCCGUUUUACGAGGGUCGCCGGAGGCUGUUUCUGAGAGAGCAGCAUUUGUCUGAAGGCAACCCUUGCAGACUUUCUGUGGCAAGUCUGAAGGCUCUCGUGUUGAAGCUUACCACUGAUCCCUCACUGGCAGAGUUUGGAGAGGUGAACAUCUGGACUUCACUUGGUGAUCCUAGAACCCACCAGGAGGGGGCUUCUCUGCUGGCCAGACAUCUGUUUCAGAAUAGACUUUUGGACCAAAAGAUCAUUGAGAAGGCCCUCCCCUGGAUGACUUCAGAGUCCGAAAAGCUUCAGCUGACAGGAACUGCCUUCUUUUCAGAGGCGAUUCGGGACCCCAUGCUAGGAGAAAGGGUGCGUCUGAAAUCCAUUCUUCCCCUCCUGAUGAAGAGGGCAGGGGACCAUCACCUGGGCACCCGCCAGAUGGCAAUCAAGGGCCUGGCAAACGUUCUCCUCGUGGCUGCAGACAAGGUGAAACAGCAGAAGAGGACCAUUGUGGCUAUUUUCCUGGGAACGUUGUACGAUGCAAAUGUGGUGCUGGAGGGUCUCAGAGCCCUUGCCCUGGUCUUUCCUCACCUGAAAAGGCAGGAUGUGGGCUUCAUGUUCAAAGACAUCUCUACGAAGACCACCACCUACCUGAGUGAUUUUGAUGCGGAGAUUCGCGAGGCGUCAUUCCAUCUCUUUGGCAUCCUGGCUGACUUGCCGAAAUUCAGAUACAGAACUUUUUUUGCCGAGCAAGCGAGGAAGAGUUUGGUGCCACUUCUGAUUCACCAGUGGGACCCCAAUCCCAAGGUGUCUGAGGCCUGCAGAGCUGCAUUUCUACACUCGGUGCCAUUUUUGGCCAAAGGGAAGUUGAGGGUCCAUCUGGAAGAACUGUACACCACCAGCAGUUUGGGGCUCCCGAAUUUACGCAUGCACAUAUGCAAGCAGCUGGUAAACAGCCACCCAGCGAUGAGGAGGGAGCUCUUGAAAAAGACGAAAGCCUAUUUCCAAAGCAGGUGGGAAGAGAUCCAGAUCAGAGCCCUUGAGUUGUCAGGAGUCAUUCUGGACUGCAUGCAGCUCACAGAAUUAGACGAGACUUUGCGGCUGCUACUGCUGGCCUGUAAGUCACCCAAAAGUCACCUCUGCAGGGUUUCCAAGGAGGGCAGCAGCAACUCUGCUUGCGAGACCUGCUCAAGGAUAUGCUUCUCCUCCUUCUCCCUUCCAUUAAGUGCAGGGGUGGUGACCCAGGAGAGGGCCUUCUCUGCAGCAGCCCCUAAUGUGUGGACUUCCCUGCUCACAGACAGGCCCGUCUUAUCCAUAGAGGCUAGUGGUGCGGGGGCGCCGGGGCGUCAAGUUCUGGAGGGCGCCAGGCCGCUCGAUAAGCUUGAGGAGGCGCCCAGCCAUGGCGUUCAAGUGGCAGCUUCUGAAGUGACUGCUUGCCUGCUCAAGAAGUGGGGCGGAGAUCUGCUGAAGAGGAAAGUUGCCUGCCGAAGCAGGAGCAGCAUCACCCAAAGGUCUGCCCCCAUGUGGGUGCAACCCAGCACCAUCAUGGAAGUCGCUUCCGUCCAAGAACUCUACGAGUGAGGUUGGUCCCGUAAGUACCUCUCGCAGCUGUUGGAGAACCACCUUUCAAUUCACGCAUGGCAAGUUUGCAUUGGGAUUCAGAAUUUGCAGAGAUUCCU